GAAUAUUUUUAUUUUGUCUUAAGAAAUCAAUAUACAAUUGCAGUAAGUGCAUUCUCAAUAAUGCAAUAUGAUAGUAUGGAUUAUGGAGUUGGAAAAAAGCUUGUGAAUGAUCCAUUAACAUGUGUCGCUGAUAGUUUAGAAGGCUUCGUUUUAUCAAAUGCUGGAGUAAAACUGUUAAAAGGCACCCAUAUUGUUGUUAGAGAAGAUUUAAACAUUUUUAAAAAACAGAAAAAAGUUUCUCUUAUAGCUGGGGGAGGGUCUGGCCAUGAACCUGCACAUAUUGGAUAUAUUGGAAAAGGAAUGUUAACUGCUGCAGUUUGUGGUGAUAUUUUUGCAUCACCUUCUUCUUUAGCUAUAUUGAGUGCAAUAAGAGCAUGUGCCAAUGAUGCUGGUGUCUUACUGAUUGUAAAAAAUUAUACAGGUGAUCGUCUUCAUUUUGGCAGAGCUGUAGAGUUAGCCAAGUCUGAAGGAAUCAAUGUUGAGAUGAUUGUAGUUGGGGAAGAUUGUGCCAUUUUAAGUGAAGAUAAAAAUGCAGGUAGAAGAGGACUUUGUGGAACCAUUCUUAUACAUAAGAUUGCUGGCGCAAUGGCUGAAGAAGGAAAAACUAUUGAUGAAAUACAUAAAUUUUUACAGGAUUCAAUUCUUGCAAUGGGAACAAUAAGUGUGAGUUUGUCUUCUUGUUCAAUACCGGGAAAACCGUGCAAUUUUGUUGUAGGAAAAGAUGUUGUAGAAUUUGGUUUAGGUAUUCAUGGUGAACCUGGUGCUGCACAAAUCAAGUUGGAGUCAACUCAUAACUUGGUUAGAAAAAUGAUUGAUCAUAUGAAAAGUAAAUACCUUGAACUAACUCAAGGAACUUGUGUAAUUCUUAUUGUCAACAACCUUGGAGCAUUGUCAAAUUUGGAGUUAUCAAUUGUUGCAAAGGAAACAUUUAAUUAUCUAGAAUCACUGAAUGUUUCGAUAAUUCGAAGUUAUGUUGGUAGUUUUGUGACUUCUCUGGAUAUGGUUGGUGUUUCUUUAACCAUUAUGAUAUCCAAUCCAGAACGCUUGAGUUAUUUAGAUUUGACAACUAAUGCUGCAGCCUGGCCUAAAAGUGGUUUUAUAAAUACAGAUAUAGAAAUGGAUCAUUGCAUGCAAUUUGAUAAAACUUUAGAGAUUUAUGAGCCUUCUGGGAUCGGUUUAAAACUUACACAAUGCUGUGUUGCUGCAUGCAAAACAUUGCAAGAUAAUGCUGAAUUGUUAAAUGAGUUAGAUCGUCAUGGAGGAGAUGGUGAUACUGGUACAACUUUUGCACAAGGAGCAAAUGCUAUUCUUAAAAAGCUAUUGUCAGAAAAAGAAGUUUUAAUACCUGUUAAUUCACCCAAGGAUUUUUUUGCUGCUAUUGCAAUAGAACUUGAUAAUCAUAUGGGAGGUUCUUCUGGUGCAUUACUAAGUCUUUUGAUGACUGGAAUAUCAUGUGGUUUGAAGGAGACUUAUCAAUUGGUUGAUUUUAUUUCUGCUUUUAAAAAUGGAAUAGAACUUAUGAAAAAAUAUGGUGGUGCUGAAGAGGGGGAUCGCACAAUGUUGGAUGCACUCUGUCCUGCAUGGCACGCUUUGAAUAUAUUGGCUUUAUCAGACAUAACAGUAAAAGCUGUAAUGAAGCAGGCUGCUGAAGCUUCCAGAACGGGAUCAAACAAUACAAUAGAAAUGAAUGCGAAAUCUGGGAGAGCGAGUUACGUUGCAAAGACAAGACUAGCACAUCCAGACCCCGGUGCAGUUGCUGUCGCGUUAGUUUUUGAGGCCAUUGAAAAAUCCUUAUAAAUAUUCAACAUUUUAAAUUAUGGUUUAAAUAAAAGCAUGGAACAAUGUUUGAGGACUAUAAACGAAUGAGAAUUUUUGUUUUAUUUAUUUUUGCUAUUUGUUUAUUUAUUAUUUAUUUAUUGUAAUGAAAUAUCGAGAUUUUUUAGAAAAAAUAA